CCUGUGCUCUGUGCUUUGCAAAUUGCAAAAUAACCUUACUUUUUUCAGCAUGUCAUUUUCUUAACACUUCAUUUUUAUAAAUAAUAUGCCAUAGAAUUAUUUUAUUCAUUAUAUAUAUCCUAGAAAUCAAGACUGGACAUUCAAUAAGUCGUGUAGAGGAACCAAGAGCAUGAGUUUCAGUUCAACAUUGCAAAGUAUCAAAGAUGAACGCUGGGAUGGAGUUAACCAGGUGAAAAUGGAGAAUCAGUUAGUAGUUAGUGUUAAAUCUGAAACACCAGAAGCAGAACAAACUUUGAACAACACAAAGUUAGAAAAUAUGGACACUUUGAUGCUAAAUGAAGAGUUUGACAUCAAAUAUGAAUGUGCAGAUGCCAUAUUUGAUAGAAUUAAAGUUGAAGAGAAAUUAGAGCCUGGACUUGAAGCUGAUUCGACAGCAGAUACAGUUAACCAGAUGAAAAUGGAGUUCCAAGAAUCUGACAAGCUGGAAGAAAAACCAGAUUUAAGGAGCACAAAUCUUGAAAAUAUGUACGCGUUGGGGCUACAUCACGGAUUUGACAUCAAAACUGAGAGUGACCAAAGUGACGAGCAUGAUUCGGCGUCCGAUAGACUACCAAUAAAGAAAACGCCGGAAAAGGAACAACGAAAUCCACCGAUCGAAGAACAUUAUAUCCAAACGACAUUCAAGUGUACAAACUGUGAUGCUUCAUUUAAUACUAAACGACGCGUAGAAAACCACAUUUUACAGAGACAUCCUAAAUUUGCCGCACCCGUGUCCAGUAAAUCCAGUAAAAUACGUGAAUGUACACAUUGUGAAUAUAAAACUACAUUUCCACACUGCUUAACUAGUCAUAUGAUGAAACAUACUGGAGCUAAGCUGAAGUGUACAGAAUGUGAUGCAUCAUUUACAUCCAAACAAUCAUUAGACGAUCACAUCUUGCGGAAACAUCCCGAGUUUACUACUUCUCUAUCUAGUAAGAUACAUAAAUGUACACAUUGUGAAUAUCAAACUAUAUAUGCCCAUUCUCUAGCUAGGCAUAUCUUCAAACAUACUGGAGCUAAGCUCAAGUGUACAAAGUGUGAUAAGUCGUUUACAUACACACAAUCAUUAGACGAUCACAUUUUGCGAAAACAUCCUGAUCUUACUGCUUCUGUAUCUCGUAAGAUACAAAAAUGUACACAUUGUGAAUAUAAAUGUCUGCAAAAGCAGCAUCUCAUCAGACAUAUGAUGAAACAUACUGGAGAUAAGCUCAAGUGUACAAAGUGUGAUGCGUCAUUUACAACUAGACUAUCAUUAGACGAUCACAAUUUGCGAAAACAUCCUGAGUUUACUACUUCUGUAUCUCGUAAGAUACAUAAAUGUACACAUUGUGAAUAUCAAACUAUAUAUGCCCAUUCUCUAGCUAGGCAUAUCAUCAAACAUACUGGAGCUAAGCUGAAGUGUACAGAAUGUGAUGCAUUAUUUACAUCCAAACAAUCAUUAGACGAUCACAUCUUGCGGAAACAUCCUGAGUUUACUACUUCUGUAUCUAGUAAGAUACAUAAAUGUACACAUUGUGAAUAUAAAUGUCUGGCAAAGCAGCAAUUCAUCAAACAUAUGAUGAAACAUACUGGAGCUAAGCUCAAGUGUACAAAGUGUGAGGCGUUAUUUAUAAGCAAACGAUCUUUAGACAACCACAUUUUACGGAAACAUCCUGAGUUUUCUACUUCUGUAUCUCACAAGAUACAUAAAUGUACACAUUGUGAAUAUAAAACUACACACGCGUAUUCUCUAGCUAUUCAUAUUAUCAAACAUACUGGAGCUAAGCUGAAGUGUACAAAAUGUGAUAAGUCUUUUACAACCAUACAAUCAUUAGACGAUCACAUCUUGCAGAAACAUCCUGAGUUUACUACUUCUGUAUCUAGUAAGAUACAUAAAUGUACACAUUGUGACUAUAAAACUACAUAUAAGGAGCAUUUAGUUAACCAUAUGAUGGAACGUACUGGAGCUAAGCUCAAGUGUACAAAGUGUGAUAAGUCAUUUAUAACUACAAAAUCAUUAAACAACCACUUUUUGCAGAAACAUCCUGAGCUUGCUACUUCGAUAUCUCGUAAGAUACACGAAUGCACACAUUGUGAAUAUAAAACUACAUAUAAGGAUAAUUUAGCUGGUCAUAUGAUGAAACAUACUGGAGCUAAGCUCAAGUGUACAAAGUGUGAUAAGUCAUUUACAUACACACAAUCAUUAGACGAUCACAUUCUGCAAAAACAUCCUGGGCUUACUGCUUCUGUAUCUCGUAAGAUACAUAAAUGUACACAUUGUGAAUAUAAAUCUCUACAAAAGCGGCAAUUUAUCCAACAUAUGAUGAAACAUACCGGAGCUAAGCUCAAGUGUACAAAGUGAUGCGACAUUUAAAUCAACACGAUCAUGUGUUCUGUAUCAUCUGGUAAGAUACAUAAAUCUACACAUUGUGAAUAUAAAACACCACGAAAAUAUAAACUGACUAAACAUACAAAGUCAUAGUGCUUUUUUUGUUUCCUUCGUGGUUAAUGCGUGCCUUUGCAGGCAAAUUAACUUUUCAAUUUUAAACGUUGUAAUUUAAGAGAUGUCAUAAUGACAAUUCAAAGGAAAUAGUUAUACUAAUACCCAAAUUUACCGCCCUUAUCAAAUCCAGCACAGCAGAGGUGAUCCAAAUCUCAAAUUAAGGCUUUGUUACUACACUGAUUUAGUGAAACCUUAACUGGCGGAUGCGAUCUGGCUACUUUGCUACCCAACCAUUUUUCUGGCUUUCACAUUUUCUCAGAUAUACUCUGCAUUCUGCCACCAUCAAAGCAUGCUGGCAAAGUUGCAGCAUGGUCGUUUUGUGAUACCUCCUCAGGUGCAGCUAUGAGUGACACUAAAGGCGCCAUGACAAGUCCACUUGUAGUAUGCACUUUUCUACUUGACUACAGACUGAUAUUUUGGAAAGAAACAAAUCGUAUUUGUUCCUUCCGCCUAGUCGGAUACCGUUGAGCACAACUGUUACCGAUUUCACUAGAGUAAAGAACGACUCCAAAUCAUGCUUACGCAAUAUUUUCACAACACGGAUGUGAACUUUCAGUCUAAAAUUAUUGAUACACUGUUCUCUGACCACAAAGGGCAAUAUACCCUCUUUUCACUCAAUACCAAUGAAUCCAAAAUGAUUGAGAGUUUUUUUUGACUCACAUAUAACUAAUUUUCUACAAGAUCUAAAGUCAGCAACGAUAUUUAUAAUAGUGUCAAUGUAAACAAAAAGUGGGAUGUACUUUCUCAGAUAAUAUAAAGCAGAUUCAAUUACCAUUUUCCCUUGAUGAUAAAAAAGCGAGCUGUAAAACGCAAGAAAUUUCCUUGUAUUGACCCAGAAUUGGAUUGACUCAGGAACAGGAUAAGUGCUCUUGCAAUGAUUUCCUAAAACGACAUAAAAUAUAAAGAUAUUUUCAAAAGUUGUAGUCAGACAUAUGAGAAACACACCCUAAACAUCAUUAGAUCGGUUUGUCUUGCCAGUACAUAAUGAUGUAAAUACUUUAGCCAACCAUUUCAGUGAAAGCUUUAUUGGAGCCGCUCCAAAACUUCUCUCAAACAACCAACUUUGAGUUACGAAUGCGACUUAGAACUAAAAAAUAAAUCAAUAUUUUUAACUCCAAUGGAUCAUGAUAAAUGGCAUUGUAUGCACUCUGAAAAACACAAAAAGUUGCUAUGGGAAAACGUGUAACAUCUACUCCUCGGACAAAUAGAACAGGUGUUCCUCAAUCCACCACCACGAAAAACACGCAAAAUUUCAUCUAUGCAGAUGAUACAACCAUUUUGAUACCGUAUAAAGGAGCAUCUGUUAUCUGAUAUCCGAAUCUUGAUAGUGACACAAAUAAACCAUAUUCAAAACUGGCUGGAGGUGAAUAAGUUAGUAUUCAACAUAUAAAUCCACGCACCUCUAUGUGUCAAAAGAGGAUAAUAAGAACCAUCUUCAAAAUGAAACUUAGAGAGUCAUGUAGAAGUCUAUUUAAAGUCAACAGCUUAUCAACAUUGCCGGGAAUUUAUAUCUAUAACACUCUACAUUUGGUAAACAUAAUGAAGCAUUAGUUUCACAUUCUAUACAGUUAUAUGGAUUUGUUGUUAGAAACUGUAGAAAUUUUCAUAAUAUAAGAACCAUAAGCUUCUGUAUUUUGCUUUUGUGAGGUUUAAACUGGAGUAUGCUUGCAUAGUUUGGAAUCCCUUUUAUGAGUGCCAAAAGAGUUGUUUGGAGAAAGUACAGAGAAGAUUUUCUAAGUUCUUAGUUUAUAAAAUUGAUGGAAUUUACCCAGAAAGCGGUAUUACCAAUACCAAGUUACAUAGAACAAUUUAAUAUUGUUUCUAAUUUCGUUUGUAGAAGAAUUUGAGUAAUGCUUUCUAUUUAGAUAGAAUAGUAAUGAAAAACUCUAUUGUUAAGCACUGGAACUUCGUUUCCCACCAAAACUGCUGAUAGAACAAUAUAGUAUUCAACCCACGAUUUGUAUCUGUAGACUAUAGUAAAACGGUUUUGAGUGCAAAAUUUUGAAUUUUUUUUAAUAUAAUUGCUUCUAUCGUUUGAAACAGCUAUAAGUAUAUAUGUGUGGAUUUUUUAUGUAAAACGGUGCUAGUUUGGCACAUUUCGUUUAGUUUUCCUGAGAAAUACCUACUUUCCUAAUUUUCAGAUACACUUCCAGAAAUUUCCCCGAAAUGGUUUUACGGCAAAAAUAAAGGAAUAAAAAUUUUGGAUAUGGUACAAAAUCCAAAUAGUUCGGACCUCGAGAAAAUAGAACUGUCCUCAUGGCACAAAGAACAAAAAGUUUUACAUGCGGAUAGCAUUCCAUUUUUUGAAUGUUAGUGUGAUCAAUUCUUGGAUACUGUAUAAAAAAUCUAAAAACAAUAAAAUCCCCUUUGUUGAGUUCAAGGCGUCAGUAGCUAGCACAAUUUUGAAGAUGGAUGGUAGCACGCGAAAAAGAGGCAGGCCUCUUAGUGAGGUGACAAUGCCUCGAAAAAAAGGCCUUUCAUAAAAACUGUACCUGAAAUACGUACCGAUGGAAUAGGACAUUUUCCUGUGAAAGUUAACUACAAAAAUCCACCUUGUUGUCACGAUAGAAACUGUAAAAAACGUACAAGAUAUGCAUGUAAGAAAUCUGAAGAAGCUGUAUGGAGAAUUUCCUUAACUAAUAAUAAGUAAAUGUAUAUACCUAACAAUACCUCAAACGGCCAUUGCCACAUAUGUGUACACAACAGUUUUGCCAUUUUUUUUCAACAAAAAACAUUUGUAACAGAAAAUAACAUUUAUUAUAACUUUUAAAUGUUAAAUACAUAAUAAAUUUUUUUCGGCGUUUUAAUUUUUUGUUGGAAAAAUCAUCAUUGAAGAGGUUAAAUAAUCUAAUUGACAGUCCCUCACUUCUUUGAAAGAUCAACAUCAGUGUACCGACUUUUGCGUCGCGUACUCACUUCACGUUCAGAGCUACAAGGGCAAGAACAAAUAUUUCACUGAAGUCUCCGCUAAAUAAUAUGUUUAAAAAUUUCGAUACGAUCUGAACUUUCUGUAACAUAUUUUGUACUUCUAACAAGGAAUUAGUUAGGAUAGCUAAUACACACGUAGGUCAAGGAUAUACAUGAGAUAUGUUUGUUUUGUUAUAUAGUUUGUUCUGUAUCUUUUGUAAGGAUUUUGUAUAAUAUUGUCCUAUUAAUGGGCUACUGUUGGACAAUAAAGCUACUAUCUAGCUAUCUACAGUAUAUUCAGAUAAGAGAUAGACCGGACAUAAACAAGACCACGUGAUCAUCGAACGCUGUAACAUUCGGC